AGGAUUCACAGAGUAAGAAUUUCAUUGUAUGGUGUAACAAACUGUUUACUGUACACAUGACAAACUCCUGAAUCAUGUCCAAUCUUUAAAAGUCCUCCUGCAGGCGAAGCGGCUGUUUUGAACAAGCAGAAGUCUGCAAGUCUUCAUGUUGCUUUUUGUCAACAGAAGAUGCAGAAAUGUGCCACAGCUCUGUGGGAGAUGCAGCAGCCCCUGAUGAAGCCCCUGAAGGACAACGCUGGGCAGGAAGAACACCUGAAGCUUCUGGAGGAGCUGCAGAAGCUCCUUCCUCUCACCAGCAUGGGCACAGAAACUGGUCAUUCUGUAGGAAUACCAGAGUACAUGACCACGGUAAGAGUGCUGUUACCCAAAGUGAGCCCUGGGCAGGAAGUGCUGGGACGAUGGUCACAUGACGGAUGGUAUCACCGCGGUUUAGUGCUCCAUGUGUGUGAUGACCAGAGCUUCAUCCUGCAAAAUGGAGCAGGGAUGCUGGAGAGGGUCUGGAGGGAGGACAUCAUUACUAAGGGAGAUGACACCAGCCAUGAGAUAAAGGUAGAGCACCCUGUCAUCAGUGCCCACCCUCUGUACCCUGGUCACUAUUGUCCAGCAACAAUCCUGAGCAUUCCUGGAGACCUACAGAUCAAGGUGCGCUACUACGACGGCUCGGAAGCCACAGUCCCCAGGGAUCAGGUGUACUUAGUUCCUGCUGAGAAGUUUGAGCAGGAUGUGGCCUAUGCCUUGGAGUGUGAACAGCGCUGGGUUGGGGAACCAGUUGUAGCCAGAUGUGACAACACAGGGACCUACCACCCUGCAGCGGAGGUGGAGCAGCAGGUGGGAAUUGGGAGGCAGUACUUGAUCCGCUGGGCCGAUGGAACCAGCACUGUCCAGGACAGGGACCGCAUCUUUGGGAAAUGGAGCCCGUGGCGCAUCCUUGUGCUGUCACCGUGCAGAAGCACACCACUGCUUUUGGAUCUCAGAGGAGCAGUGUGCCAGAGAACACGUGCCGGCCGGCAGCGAAGGUGGAAGAGGAGGACCGUGAGGAGGGUGAAGAGCACCCAGAACACACAACUUACCCCUCUGAGUCGGAUGCAUCCACUCACUGACCCCAUGCUGUCCUCUGCCCUCAGCAGGAACCUAUGACCUCUUCCACUGUUCACUUUCCACCCUGGUCUUUUACCCUCUGAGACCUCAGAUGAGGCCACAUGCCAUUUCAGAUUGUUGGUAAGAGGGAUAAAAACUAGUUUAAUGCAUUCUAGCAUGUAUGGCAGUAUAAUUGCAUUAAGCCUUAGGCAUUCUGCUUUCAGUAGUUUGUGUAUUAUACUAUAAUACACUCUUGGGUGAGGUGAGGCCUGGGCAAAAAGGCCUCGCUGCCCCUUCUCUCAUAGGGCCCGUUGCCACCUGUGUUGUUGUUGAUCGUUCUCAGGUUAAUACUUUUAUUUUUCACACUGCAGGUUAUUUCUGCUAUUCUCCGGUAUUUCAAAAUGUAAGCUUUGCUCUCGUGUAUUGUGGUUAA